AUGUUCAUUUUCCUUGUUAACCAUUCGGAAAACUUUGUUGAUCCGCAGUGCAUGGAACAUACAAACACGAUUGAAGCAGUAUGUACUUGGAAUGGUAUCAAGCAAAAUGUCACGGCGCGACAUCGCAACGUUAAGUUGCGUGCAGAUGGUCAAGAUGAGGAUGGUUUUGAAAGUCUUAUCAAUACUAUAUUGGAGGAUCAUCAUGAAGAUGGUCAUCGACGUGGUCGUCGACGACGCAUUGACGACUCGAGUGAUGAAUAA